AUGGAUACAGAAGACAUAGGCUCAGGUAAACUAGGCCAAAUAUUGAAGCAGAUUUGGAGACAAAACCUGAUGCUAAAGCAGGAGCUCCUGGGUGAAGACCAUUGUGAAGGGGCUGGCGGGGGCACUUGGAUAGCCACAGUGGUCUUUCUGGGUCAAGAACUCAGUGAGGCCCUUCACCAACUCUUGGAACAUACUACAGGGACUCUGUGCUCCACCUAACAGCAGCUGUAUGUACUGCUUGACAAAGAGAAUUAUUGUACCUGGAGACAAGAAAUCAUUGCAUUCAUAGAUUGCCUCAUGAAAAGAAAAUAUUUGGGGAGCACUGCUACAUUUCUAAAGAAAGAAGAAAAGGAGAUGUGUAAUUUAUGCGGCAUGCAUGAUGAAUGUACUCCACUGCAGACAAUGUCCACCAUUCAAGAUAUCAAAGCAACAGACAUUGCUGCAAGAGGGGAACAAAAUGUCAUAGAAACAGCUUCUGUUUCUCCCACAAAUGGAGAGGAAAGUCAUUACACAAACCAGGUUCAGUUAAAAAAAAAAAUACAUAGGAGUUCAGAACUAGUGGGAAAAUAAAACAAUACAUCAUUGAAGGGAGAUGUAACAGGGCAAGAAGAGUCACAGAACAAAAUGUUCCCAGAUAAUGCAGAAAAUGAAGAUGAUAAACAAAUAGAACACAUGACUGUUGAGAACAUAAAUAGCAACAGGGAAGAGAUGCAUGACAUAAUCCAGACAAGAGAAAGAGAAAUUCAAGAGACCUCAGAGCCAAAGUAAGAGAUUACCACAUCCUCAACAACAUGUGAUAUCUCCAGUAAAUAUGUGAAUAGUCCUCUUCCCAGUGAUUCAGAGAGUCUAAAGCAAAAGCAUAACAUCAUGGAAAAGGAGUAUCUUGAUGUGCUGAGUGAUGAUACUGUCACCCAAGUGUCUUGUUAUAUUACAGCACCAUCCUAUGUUCUACAACAUCUAGAAUGCCGGAUAAUUAAUAACAUGAGUUCUUUAAUAGUGAGUGAUAAUGAAGAAUUGGUCAGCAAUGUUAUCACUGUAGAGUGCUCAGAUAUGGAAAAGAGAAUUCCAUUUCCAAUAUGCAUUGCAAUUCCAUUUACUGAACGUUACAGGGGAAAUUACAGAGACAUCAUGGUGAAAGUGUCUGAUGUAGACCUUCAAUCAAGUUACCUGACUCCAAAUUCACUGGAAGGAAUGAGAGGAAGUUACAAGGUGACCUGUGCUGAAGUGAAAGUUUAUAAGUUGGGUAUCUUUUCUGUUGUGUCUUGUUUAAAGAAAGAGUCCUUGACAGUAACAAAGAAAGGCCUUACUCUUAAGCCAAGCAUGGAUUCUCAAAUAUCCUUAAAUUACCCUCCAGGAGUUUUCAGCUCACCAGUACUUGUACAAUUAAAGGUCCAACCAAUUGACCCAUCUCUGGUGGCAUAUUUAAAAACUCAGCAAGAUACUUCCUACUCAGUACUAUCCACAAGCCCUCUGAUUCAUGUUCAGCACCCAUCAACACAUCUUUUCCAGAAGCCAAUCACUGUACUCCUACCUUGCUCUACACACCCUGAUAAAAAAAAUCUUGGGUCUGAGAUAGAUCAUAAAAGAACAGCUAGUGCCACAACAAACAGAAUCAUACCUUUAUACCUCAACUGGACAAAAAGCACUUCCAUAAGAAAACCUGGGAACAAUGCUUGUGAAUCUUUGAAAUUAUUGGGAUUCAGAAGCCAAGACAGUGGUUGGUUUGUGCUUGAUGGUUUCAUGGUGAGAACCGUGCAAAGUGGCUUGAUAUCAUUUGAAUUGUGUGAACAUUUAGAGAGGUUUAUAGUGCUUCACCCGUCUUCCAUUGUGGACAAUAGCCAUUCGGUUUCUUUUGUGAAGUCUUUGGAGGAAGCCAUGCUCAGCAUCACUGUUUGCAUUGUACUUUAUCACCAGAAAGACAACCCACAUAGAAUUGUCAUUUUAGUGGUGCUUUCUAAAGAUUUACAUCAGGUGCUUAGGAACUUGCGCUUGGAAGCGUCUAGUGGUCCUCCAGAGCCAUCUCGCCAUUUCCAAGUGAAAGAAGGAGAACAACUCCUUUUAAGGUUUACUGGAAACAUAUUUGCUUCAAGCAAUGGGAAGGAUUAUGGAAAAGACUACAAGCUUAUUUUUCAUUUACAAAGGAAACCUAGACUGGAACUCCAAAUCAAAGAGGUGGAUGAAUUUGGAAACUAUAGCUGCCCUCAUUAUAAGGGUACCAUUGUAGUUUAUAAAGUACCUAAAGAAAAGAUAGUCCACAACUUGGAUCAAUCUCUUAUACUUAACGAAAACAAUUAUCAGUUGCCAAUUUGCAAAUUACCAUUGAAAUUGCCAAAGGUCAACUGCUUGUCCACCGCUCUGUGCUCAGGUCCACACUGUGAUUCUAAAGUAGCAGGGGAAAUGCAGCUCUUGGACAUCGUGGAACCGGUGGAACCAGGGAAAGGGAAAGUGAAAGUGCUGGGGUCUGAGGAAUAUUUUGAGCAGUUCCUGUUUCCAGUCAUCAGCAAGAUGCAGGAGACUAUUGUGUCUUGCACCGGAGUGCACAGGAGAGCAUAUAGGCAGAAUAGGAGCAAGUUCUUAGAGCUUGUUGAUCACAUUCAGUAUCAUUUCAUAACCCUGGGCAUCCCUGUAGUUGACUGCAAUGUGAAAGUCCUGUGGGACAACUUGCUCUACUGGCUGGCAGACGAGCUCUCAGAAGAAAACGCCCUGUGUCUCUUCUCAUCCCUCCCCCUUCGCCACAGCACCAUUCAGCUCAUCAAACUGAACAACCCUGAUGAUCUCACAGAACAGACCCACGAAAUUCUUUGCUUUUGGAAAAGAUCACUCCCAAAUUCCACGGACAAACUUCGUCUUCUGGCUCGCCAUCUCCGCAAGAUCAGCAGGAGUGACCUUGCAGAAGAGCUCAAAUUCAAGUGGGAAAAUAAAGUGUUCACUGAACCCCAGCAGUGGUCUGAUGUGGUGGAGUUCAGCCCCGUUGCUCUUUCUUUUGCCCUAGGAAAAGUGUCACAGUCGGUUUGA